CGAGGAGGUGUAUUAAUAGUGUUUUGUGUUUUCCAGUUUCGGUUUCGUAUAUGUUACAUGGAAAGGAUAACGAUACGGGUUAUAAGAAGUUUCACAGUCUAAACUUGAAAACAUGUCUACAGAUCUGGAUGAUAAAGAAGAAUAUUUUCUGAGGGCUUCUCUCCUGCUGCUGAAGGGAGGAGGGUUGAUGUCGAAAGAAACGCUGAGCAGAGAAGUGCAGAAAGCUGGGAUAAAUCUCGAUGUACUUCUUAAAACGAACAAGAGCAUACUCAAACACAAAUUUUCUAGGGAACAGAGAAAUAAGCUGUGCCUUGACGGUGGAACAACUUGCGUAGAUCAAUGGGAUCUAGCUAUGCUUACAACAGUACCAUUGACAGUUUUUAAGCAGUCUCUUAACGACGAUGAGAAAAAGGCAUUGAAGUGUAUAAAGUACAAGAGGGAUACAGUUUAUGCUCAUACGCAUUCUUCUGUCCUAUCUUUUGACGAUUACGACGACAUCCGGAAAGAACUAGAGGAGGCACUUGGUGUUCUGUCGAAUGGGUUGAGCGGCAAUGUGAAAGACGAGUGUGCUAAGAUAAUUCAACAGUGUACAACAGGACCAGUCAACCCCUCAGUAAAAGCUGAACUUUCGAAACAGUUAAAGGGUACGGAAGACUUAGUGAAAGCUGUAAUGAUAAAAUUAACGGACACGCACAAAGCUGUGUCGAAUAUGAGAAAUGAUAUUGAGGAUUUGAAGCAAUUAAUCAUUGAAGACCUCGGAAGACACCACGCAACGGAAAAUAGAAGUCUAAAGAAAGUGACAGGUAUGGACUUCAUGUUGUUGUUUAGUCCCAGAAAACAGAAGACGUCCUUUUUGAAAACUGAGGAGAUAAUCUUGGCGGAGAGACAUUUAGGAAGGAAAAGUCCUGAAGCGCUGUCCAUGGAAGAAAUGACUUCGGUCUUCUUCCCAGAAACAGAUGAUGAUGAAACGGUGGAGGUUACAGACUCUGUCUACUGA